AUGGCAUCACUAAAUCUGACUUGCAGCAUCACCAAACUCAUUGUGCUUCUACUUUCAUUUGAUCACCCAGUUCUCAAAAUUCUUAAUCCUAGUCGAUGGGGUCCUUAUUGUCAGUUUAAGUGCCAAUGUAGUAACGGUGGAGAUUGCGAUUCCGUUACAGGGCAAUGUAUCUGUCCACCUGGGUAUUCUGGAUCAAACUGUGAUGAAGCUGGAUGGCUGAGGCAAUUAAGAUGUCAGCUUACUGCUCUUGGGAAAUCAAAUCCAGGCAAACAGAAAUUUUUCAUAGAAUGUCCUACAGGUACAUUUGGUCCAGAUUGCCAAUUUAAGUGUGAUUGUAAUAAUGUCAAUAGCUGUGAUAAAAUAACUGGAAGCUGCAAUUGUCUGGAUGGAUUUAUAGGUAGCAAAUGUGAAAAAGAUUGUCCUGAUGGAUGGUUUGGACAUUCUUGUGCUUCAAAAUGUAACUGUUCAAAUAAUGGAACAUGUGAUAAACAUACAGGAGAAUGCAUUUGUCCUUCAGGAUUUGAAGGCUCAAAAUGUCAAUAUGGUAAGUUAUUUAGUAAUUAA